AUCACAUAGCAACACAAACAUGGAGACAUUGCACAAAUGUGUCAAAACCCAAAGAUGGAAGCCCGUGACACGUUUGAUUGGGCUCCCAGCUGGGAUGGAUGUCACCAAAAUGGUGUCCUCGCUAUCCAUGGACGGAAUCUUGACGGUGGAAGGUCCCAUUCCUGAUUCAUCCGCUGCCGCUCCCACUGGGCUCAUCAUACCAAUAAAGGUGGAGGCUGAUGUUCCAGAAGAAGAAACCCUGGAGACAAAUCCAGGACCCCUUCAGAAGGAGGAGGAGGAGGGGGAGCCCACACUUGGCGCAGAGAAUGUUCUGGAUGAUGUCCAGAGCCAACAAAGUGCAGACGCGACCAAGCAGCUGGACGCUGAUGAAGGAGAAGCGGUUAAGGAUGAAGACAUCCAAGACGACUCGGGGGAGGCUGAUGAUGAUGAUGACACGCCCCAGCCGGAGGAGCAGCAGCUGGGCACGGAGCCAUCAGACGAGGCCCUGGGCCAGGAGCUCCAACAUGGCGAGUAACCAUGGAGACGGCGUCCGACUCUUUACCUUUCCUUCUUUGGAGAGCCAAUAAAGCGACA